AUGGCGAACAUUUUGGAGCCUUUCGGUAUCCGCAUCGAUGCCGAUAAUUCCUUCGUUCAAGCUGCUGUUACUGGCUUUUUGCUCCUCACCACCUUUGGGCCCCGCGGCACCUGGGCCCUUAUAACUGGCGCCUCAGACGGCAUUGGCAAAGAGUUUGCCCUUUCUCUCGCAGCAAAGGGCUACAACCUCAUCCUCGUUUCUCGCACGCAAUCGAAGCUCGACUCCCUCUCCGCCGACAUUACUUCCAAAUAUGGUCCCAAGAUCGCUGUCAAGACAUUGGCUAUGGAUUUUGCCCUAAACAAGGACGCCGACUACAACAACAUGAAGAAGCUCAUUGAGGGUCUAGAUGUCAGCAUUCUCAUCAACAAUGUCGGACUGAGCCAUAGCAUUCCGGUACCGUUUACCGAGACACCUAAGCAGGAGAUGACCGACAUCAUUAUGAUCAACUGCAUGGCUACUCUACGUGUAACCCAGCUCGUCACACCUGGCAUGGUCUCUCGGAAGCGCGGUCUCGUCCUCACCAUGGCGUCCUUUGGUGGUUUCUUCCCCACGCCGCUUCUCGCAACCUACUCUGGCAGCAAAGCCUUCCUCCAACAGUGGUCCACAGCGCUCGCUUCCGAACUCGAACCCCACGGCGUAUACGUUCAAUGCGUGCAGUCCCACCUCGUCACCACGGCUAUGUCCAAGAUUCGCAAGACUUCCGCCCUCGUGCCCAAUCCGAAACAAUUCGUAGACGCAACAUUGAGCAAGAUUGGACGCAGUGGUGGUGCACAGGGCGUUGCUUUCACUAGCACACCAUACUGGAGUCAUGGACUCAUGCACUGGUUCCUCUCGCGCUUCCUCGGCGAACGAUCCGAGACUGUGGUCAAGGUGAACAGGGGUAUGCACGAGAACAUCCGGAGGCGCGCACUUAGGAAGGCUGAGAGGGAUGCGAAGAAGCAGUAG